AUGGAUUUUUCCCUACAGGAUGAGAUACUGCGCAUGGCUGUUCAACGUUUCAAAGGAAAAAACUGGAAAAAGAUCGCGGAGUGUUUCAAGGACCGAACAGAUGUACAAUGCUUACACAGGUGGCAGAAGGUUCUUAAUCCCGAACUUGUCAAAGGUCCUUGGUCAAAAGAGGAGGAUGAAAUGAUAAUCCAUUGUGUGAACAAAUAUGGGCCAAAAAAGUGGUCCACCAUUUCGAAGCAUGUUCCUGGACGUAUUGGAAAGCAAUGUCGUGAAAGGGUUCCAAAAUUUGUUUCUGGAGAUGGUUCUCAGUCUAAGUCACCCUAUGGUACCAUCAAGGAUCAUCUUCAAGGGAGUAGGAGUCCUACGAGUCUUCGAAGUAACCUACAGCAUUCUGAAGAUGAUUUUGUGGACCAAUGUCAUUAA